UAACUGUAACUAAUGUAGUUAGAAUGUUGUGUUCUGGUGUUAAACCAUACCAAAGUGUCACAUCGUGAGGUUUGUGCAUUUGGAAGUGAGCCCUGAAAGAAGUCUGGGAUGGCUCAAAAGGCUCGUUUUGAAAAGGGGUGGUAAAACCUGUUAAAAAGAGAGACAUUUUGGGAACAUGGGCUGCUAUGUAGCUAGACUAGCCCACCAACUUGCUGAAGCCCUACGCCUUUCCAACGUUACUUGCUGGUGUGGAAGAGUUAGAAGGGCCAGCAGGAUAACCGUGCUGCAGAAUGAGGCAUGGAGGACGACAGAAGAACAAUGGUGACCCUUCUGGCGUGUGGGUCCUUUAACCCCAUCACCAACAUGCACCUGAGGAUGUUUGAGCUGGCCCGAGACUACCUGGAGGACACAGGACGCUACAAGGUGGUGAAAGGCAUCAUCUCUGCGGUUGGGGAUGGCUACAAGAAGAAGGGUCUGAUUGAGGCUUUCCAUCGCGUGAAAAUGGCCAGACUGGCCACAGAGAAUUCUGAGUGGAUCACAGUGGAUGCGUGGGAGAGCUUGCAGCUCGAGUGGGUGGAAACAGCCAAAGUGGUUCGGCAUCACUACUCACUACUGACAGUGGAUGAGCAGGACGGUGACCAUGUAGACAGUGUCAACUACACCAAAAAGAGACGUAUGGAGGGGAAUUAUGUUGAGAGUGCUUCUCAUCACAGCAAAAGAGUUGGCCCCCAGCUUAUGCUCCUGUGUGGUGCUGAUGUCUUGGAGUCCUUCUGCGUCCCCAACUUGUGGAAGCAGGAGGACAUUGCGGAGAUUGUGGGCCGCUUCGGCAUGGUGUGCAUCACACGCUGCGGCAGCGACCCCCACAAGUUCAUCUACAAGUCGGACAUGCUGUGGAAGCACCACAAGAACAUCCAUGUGGUCACCGAUUGGGUCACCAACGACAUCUCCGCCACUCAUGUCCGCCGGGCGCUGCGGCGUGGGCAGAGCGUCCGGUACCUGCUUCCGGACAAUGUGCUUUACUACAUCCGAGAGCACGAUCUCUACAGCGCUGAGAGUGAGCAGAAAAACGCUGGUGUGGUUCUUGCACCCCUGCAGAGAUACUCAGGUGACCCCUCAAAUUAAAUAUCAACACUUCCUGCAGCUACAUGGAACACCGAUAUUUAACUAUGUUGGCUUUUUUACUGUGUCGGGAUGAACAUGUGAAACUACUGAGGGACAAUAAAAACGUUUUUGACA